GAUUGGCCUGCUGAAAAUUGUAGGCGGGGACUGGCUCCAUAUUUGUAGCUUAUUAGUCACAACAAAUCACUCGAUAGUUAACGUUGUUGAUCAUAAGGCCAUCGAGAUCACGUCUAUCUCAACUUGUAAUAACAGACACUUGAUCGCGGGGACGAGACCGGCGUGAAACACACACACGCAGCAUAAACACAUGCUUUGCGUGUGAGAAAACGACGGGCGAAAUUUACGAGCUGAAAUUGUUUUGGUGGAAAAGACAUUUUAUCACCUAAAAGUGGACUUUAUUAUACACAAGUGAACUUCUAAAAUAAUAUUUAUAUUAUUUGGAGAAGGGAGAUGCAACCAGGGCCUCUUCAGCACCGCUACCAUCAUUCUUCCAAUGUUCCGGGGAUCGGAAACGGGACCGGGCUUAGUGUGGUGCCCGCUCUGUUCGGGGACCAGAACUACUACCGACACGGCGGAUACACUUCCGUCACCAUGGGCGGAAUGGCCGCUAUGUAUGGAGCUGCUGAACAGUAUCCCCACAUGGGACGUUCCAAUCCUUACAGUCCCUACGGACCACCACAGCAGGUCCACAAGGACAUGGUCAAACCACCCUACAGCUAUAUCGCUCUUAUCGCUAUGUCUAUCCAGAGCCAGCCGGAUAAAAAGAUCACCCUGAAUGGAGUGUAUCAGUUCAUUAUGGACAGGUUUCCGUUCUACAGGGAGAACAAACAGGGGUGGCAGAACAGUAUACGUCAUAACUUAUCCCUGAACGAGUGUUUUAUUAAGGUACCUAGGGACGACAAGAAGCCCGGGAAAGGGUCCUACUGGAGUCUGGACCCGGACAGUUAUAAUAUGUUCGAUAACGGAAGUUACCUCAGACGGAGGAGGCGGUUUAAAAAGAAAGCCACUCUCAAGGACAAAAUCGAGCGUGAUUCUGAAGAUAACAAAGAUAUACGGAAGUGUCCCAAUGACCACAAGUCUGACGGCGACAAUGAUAUCCCCAGGAAUGGGGAGUCUGUGACUUCGGAAUAUUCAGACAGUUCAAGUAGCCCCAAUAAAUACGAUCUCAAGAAACCAACUAACGGCCUGGAGACUCCGCCAAACUCUCCUGGGACUCGGAUGCUUCCUGUCACAGGGACUAAGCUAGAGCCCUUAGAUCCUGUUAGUCCCGAUUGCAUGAACACUGGACACUCUCAUCACAGUCCAAGCUCACUUCCAAUACCUACAGACCCCAUGGACCCUCCUUCCAGCAGCUUCUCCGUGGAGAACCUAAUGACUAAUACUCAUACGAGCGGACCAUGUGACAUUUCUAACACGUGCAACUUUGCGCCUAGCAGACAGACACCCCUCAUCAGUCCGUCCGUCCUACAAUACACGAGUUCCCGGGUGUCGGACAUCUACAGGAACGUUUCAACGUGCAACCAAAACAUGUCGCCAACUCUGGGGUAUUCUUACCCGACGAACGGCAGUGCUCAGUCUAUCCUCGGACAGUCCUCUCUUGGAAAUCCCGGGGUACAUUCUCUUCAGAUCGCCUCCCCCGGGGCAGAUGAUGGAAGUACCGGAAGUGCUAGUCCCCAGCCCGCGCCGGCCCACGCCCAUGGAACGAUUUCUCAAACCAAUGGAAUUAAUUCCUCCAUGUUUACUAUGUCCCAGAAUCAGACAUACGGACGUACAAGCGCAUGGUAUAUGUCCCCGCCCUCGGGGGACUUUUCUCCUCAUAGUACGGACUUCUCCUCCCCUUCUCCAUUCUCCGCAGUCCGGGAUGUGUUUGACAGUCAGAGACUUUUAGGUGGACAGCCCGGGCCCCAGGGACAGGCCACGGCGAGCUGUCAGCUGGCAGCCUUUAGGACACCAUAUAAGUCCCCCACCUCCUACACGUGUGAAUACAGUAAGUUUUGAUCCAGAAUUCUUACUCUAGUUCCUGGUGCAAAACAACUCGUAAAUGUGGACUUUACUGAAUAUCUGAAUAUUGUGUUUUUUCUCUCGAUAACUUUGAAAAGUGAAGAGAAAACGUGUUUCGCUGGCUGAGGAGUAUUGGAGAAGUGGUUGAACAAUUUGACUCCUAGGUCGUAUAAAGUGGUUCUCAAAGAUAGCGUUAAGGUAUGGUGUGUGAAUGACUAUUUCUUAGAAACAUUUAUAAAUAAAUACUUGUAUGUGAAAAUAUAUCCGUUAUGCUUAUAGCCUAUCUGAAGGUAUUGUAGCACGAAUAUAUGUAUACAUUUAUUUUGUAUGGAAUAUAAGAUAAAUUUUAAAACUAUA